GUAACGUGUAAGAGCUCUUCAAAUAAAAGGGGAUAAAAAGUAGGUCAAAUGGUAUAAAAUUACAAGAAAUUAUACUCCAGUAUAAAGGCGAUCUACUACUUGUAUAUUAGAUGCUGUGAUUAACAAGUGGAACGUUUGUGAUGGGAUCGACUACGAAUACAGAAUUUGUCAAAGAGGUCCAGGAUGCAAUCCUGUCUCUGUGUACAAAACGCCUCACAUUCAACACAGCCAUUGAAAUAGAUGGUAUCAUCUGUAUCAGUCCAACUGAACCAGCACAAGAUAUCAUCGUGAAAAUGCAUCGAACAGUCGUAAAACCUAGAUCUGUUGACAGUACACCAUAUUGGCAGACAGAUAGCCAAAUGGCCAAAAUGGCUUCCCCAGCCGCGUCUAUCCAGUCCACAUGUGCCAUCGAUGUUCCUCUCCCUAUACUCCACAGGGGUCGUCGCAAGGCAAUCCUGCCCCCUCAAAAGAACCCCCAAUGUAUUCCCCCACCCUCUGCUGUUCAUAAUCCAUAUACCCUCCAGCAUCCAGUGUCAUCUUCUGAUUCAGUCGAACAACACCAAAGUUUAGAUCUAUCGUGCAAUAACAGAUCUGAUGACACCAAUCAGCCAGAAUUUAUCUCAAUGGGUGUAGAAUCGGACCAUGAAUUCAAUGUGCUAGGGCAGAAAGAGGAUCAGGGGGUUCGUGAAAAAGUAUCCGAUGAUUCCGAGUCUCAUCCUGGAUUCCACAUGGAGUGUACAGAAGGUGAAUCCACAGCAGCUGAUAAAAUGGGUGCAGAAAGUGACGCCCAGUCUUCCAAAGAUCUUACAGAAGAGUCAAAUGAAAGCAAUCAUGAAAAAGCUACUCAAAAUGGCGAAGUCUUCCCAGACAAUUCAAGUAAUGGCAAUCUCAGCAUAAACCAACCAGAAUCCCUUGAUGGGAGCAGUGACGCACCACCAGGUGGAGCUCCAGCCAAUCAGGAUCAAUACGAGUGUAUGAUGUGCCAAGAGACAUUCGCGUCAGUUGACAAUCUAGAACAGCACCAAAUAGACAAACAUAUGAAACCAGAACAACCAAAUAAAAACACAGCUGAAGUGUUACCAAGUCCUAAGUGUGAAUCUGGUGGGGAAGGUCAAGGUCAACCCCAUCAACAGCCAAAACCAGAGGUCAACGGCAAUAAAGAAGCCAAAUUAGAACAACAAGCUUCACAAGUCAAUGGUGAAGUCGGAACCAGCCAAAACCAAAUCACAGAGUCUCCAGUUAAACGUGGAAGAGGACGUCCAAAGAAAUACUCCCAGGAUGGUCCCAUUAAACCAAGCACGACUCCAGAUGGGAUGAAACGUGGAAGAGGUCGCCCUAGGAAGAUGACAUGGGCAGAGGAUAGUCCAACUCAACUCCCAAUUCCUUCCCUUAUCGGCUUCUCACAACAGUCUCCCGCUCCGGGGCCAGUUCGUGGAAGGGGUCGUCCUAAACGUGACAUGGGAGACAUGGUAAUAUAUGACCGUCCUGGUGUUGUGAGAGCUCCAAACUAUGAAGACACGGUUGACCUACAUCAAUAUUUCACAAAGAUCAACAGCCAACAGUCAACUUGUAGCAUUUGUGGUAAGGUCAUGGGGUCCACAAAUAUCUACAAACAUAUCAGAGCUCACUUUGGCAAACGCCCGUAUGAAUGUGAAAUCUGUAAGGCGACAUUCACGCAGAAACAAGCCCUGCAAAAUCAUGAGUUGGCAAAGCAUACAUGGAACCCAGAUAAUCCGACAGAAAUGCAAUCAACCGCAACAGAUCUGAGCCCCUCCCCAAAUAAUGAAGUGGUUGGAGUGGCAUUGAACUUGAAUGUUACACCCAAAAAGAUGGACUGCCCAAUGUGUCAGGAGCCUAUUACGUCUCUUCAAUUUAGUCAACACUGUCGUGAAUAUCAUCCAGCGUACUACUAUGAACAAAAGAAAAAUGGGCUUGAUAUGACCAUGUGAGGCCAUCGAUGAUAUUAAAAUCAUUAUUUUGGGUAUGAUUUUAUACGCAAUAAUAGUAUAGUCAAGGAGUAUACAGUUGAAUGUUUCAUAUAAAAGUUCAUAAAUUUAUAUUAUGAACGAAAUAGGAAAUUAAAUUAAGAGAAUAACAUUGAAAGAACUAUUAAUAGUUCUCAUUUAUAUACAAAAUGAAUGACUCAUGUUAAGAUAUGUCUCGAGAUAAAAUUCAAUUUUUAAUAACUUCAAUAAAAUAACAAUAAAACUAUCAUGUACAUGUUUUGUAAUAAAUAGCAUAGGUUUGAACAACCAAUUGCCAUAUGUCAUGAUGACCUAUUCACGAACAAAUAUACUAAAGCAUCAGCUAUGCAUUGCAUCGAAUUGUAUAACAUAAAAAAAUUAAUAAUUUUUUGCAGUAUAUCAGUA